AUGACUGUUGCUGUCCCAGGAGAAAGUGCUAGAGAGAAAGCACUUAGCUACUAUCGACGUAAACUUGUGGAACAUAGAGGAAUAGAUGCAAGACUAAAAGAAGGUAAUAAUUUUCACCAUAUUAUUCUUCAAAAACUAGCUCGAGAGAAAUCCAAGGCGAUUUCCAAAGAGUACGAUAAAGCUGAGAAUGAUUUAAAGGCUCUACAAAGUGUUGGGCAGUGGGUGAUGUUUUGA